AUGGCCCUUGUUGAGCCCCAUGGGCUUGGCGGGGAUGAAAUAUCUGCUGCAACCACGCAAGCUAGUCCUAAAUCGCCAGGUGAUCCAGAAACGGAGAGCCUGAAAAUAUCAAAUGACGAUUGCCAUGAGUUACAAGCGGAUGCAGUCUGUAGUCAAACAAGCUCCCCUCUCUCCGAGUUUGAAAAGUCUCCUGUCCUUGCAAUAACUCCGGUACAAUAUUCACCAAAGCGAACAAGGCUCUGUAGUGACCAAGAUUCAGAGAAGCCACAGGCACAGAGGGAUGGUUUUGGUACUGGAGAAACUGAAGAAAUGCGGCCAAUUAAAUUACGUCGAUUGAAUGUCAUACAAGAAGCGGCUACAAUGACAAAUCUCCCAAGUUUCUCUGAUCAGAAAACACUCGAAUUCAAUGGCCAUCAUGUACAGGCACCGAUUCCUUCUCGAUCUACCACUUUCGAGUUUGAGAAGUGGCAGACUGUUGCUCCCAUAGAAUCCAACGAGCGGGGAUCGGGAACGGAUUUUAAGGUUCUCAACUUUGACAACUCUGCAGGCCCUCGGAACGCCUGGGAUUUGGAAAGCGAUUAUAUUGCCUUCGAUUCUCAUCAGGAUAGUUUCUUGGGCUCAUUGGGAGAUUGCCAAAAUCCUUUCAGCAUCCAUCAGGACUUCCACAAUGAAAAUCUUGUGCCUUCCUCAAGGUCAGCAGUGUGUAUGGACGGAUCUCGAUCUCUCAAUUUUUCUGCCCAGCCCCUUGCUUAUGAAGAUCGUCAUACCGCAGCGGGAAGACAGCCCCAAGGAUCAACACACCUGGUGGCAUGCCAUGUGACAAGAGAGAGAGAUUUCGGUAAUUCCCAGCGAAAAUCUAGUAACGCCAUCGCCGAUAUUCUUAAUGCCGACCUUUUGAAUGCCGAAGGGAUCAGCUAUAAUUAUUAA